UCCAUGAAUAUGAUUGUUUCAGACUUUUCCUACAUGUCUGCCAACAUGGGAUGUAGGACAGUGAAUAAUAUGAGUUCCUCAGUGGCAGCGUUGGGCUCUGUGCUCUGGUUUCUCCUGAAGCUAAUCUGUGCUGGCCCCGGUCUUGGCCUUCAGUGUAUAAACACUGUCCCUCAACUCCUAAUCCUGUUAGCCUCUUGGGUGUCUUCUCUUCUAAUCCAGCUUGUCUCCUUCUCCCUCUCCUCUACCUCCAGUCCUGCAGAACUGCCUCUGGGAUGUUACCCUGCAACUGAGCAAUCAGGAUGUUCACCUGGGUGGCAAAAGUGGUUCCCCAGCCUCCUGAUCCGCCAGUAAAACUUGGGGAGGAAGAGAAGCCCAAUCCACCACCUCCAGAGAAGAAAGUGGUAUUUAAAGAGGAGCCUCCAAAAGCAGCUCCUAAACCAGUCAAGGCCAAAGAGGAAGAAGUAUCAGAAGAAUCUAGUGCCCAGAGUGGAGUGUUGACCUGGCUCUCCAGUGGCUUUUCCAGUGCACUGCCCCAGCCCCCGGGCAGCCCGAGGCUGACCAGGGCAAACACGGUGGAUGAUGCAUCGGGUGCCAGUAAGGCAGACGAAGGCCAAGGCAGUGGAGUCAUUGGCUGGAUCGUGCAGGGAAUAGGAAAAGUGGUUCCCCAACCAGAUGAGAAGUAUAAAGAAGAAACAACAGCUGAACCUGAAGAAACCACAGAGGUUACAGCAGCUGUGGAAAUUCAGGUGAAGCCCAGUGUGCAGGAAAUGAAAGAUGUUCCUGAUGCUGAGCCUCUCCCCCACAUCCCCGUUGUGGAGCUCGUGUCAGAAGACGAAGGAUGUGAGGAGGAAAGCAAAGUGGGCCCUCCAAGUGUCAUUGAGUGGCUGAAGCAUGGCUUCGAGAAGGUGGUGCCACAGCCAGUCGAUAGCCACUCCGAGGUCUCUGUGAAGAAGCCAACAGUGGCAUCCCCUCCUCCUGAGACCUCCAAGACUGAGGAGGAGUCUAUGAGCUCACAUGUGGUCGGCUGGUUCGUGUCAGGUUUUGGCCGCAUGAUACCUCAGCCUGUGCUGAAAACUGCGGAGAACGGUGACGCAGUACACCAUGUGUGUCUGCUGCAGGACCCAGAGGACAUGGUCCUGGAGGAGGUGGAGUCGGACUGGGAUUGUGACCAGAAGGAGCACGCCUCUGCCCCAUGCUGCUCAGCGAUGGACGGAGACGCGCCGCAGGCGGACCAGGCCAUGUCCCUGCUGCAGGCCCUGCCCCAGCUCAUACCGCAGGUGCUGGCCAUGCAGGAGCAAGAGGACGCUAAGACCCAGGCGGUGGCAAUGGCCAGUCUGGAGGAGAGACUGCAGCAGCAGAGGCUGGAGGCGGCCCGGAUUGCAGAGGAUUUAGCCCGGCAGGCGGCAGAGAUGGCCGUCCGGCAGCUGGAGGAGGACACAGGCACCCCCAUAGCACAGUUAGCAGAGCCCGACGACGGAGAGCAACUGCCUGAUAUCCAGGAGGAAGAGAAUGAGGAAGACCCAGAGCUGCAGGGGCUGCGUGAGGACAGUGAGGAGGAGAAUAAGACUGACAGCAUAGUUGAAGUUGAAGAAGAACCGCCUGAGCCAGAGCCUGAGCCUGAGAGAGUUCCAUCCCCUGAGCCUGUCGCUGAAGAGGCUCCAGUGACCGCACAGCCUCAGCCGGCCAGCAAAGAGCCCACGCCACCCGCUAAUGAACAGGAGGACACCACAGAGGGAGGUUGUGGAGAGGUCAUCCAUGCUCAGCCAAUUGUGUUUGUGGAGCUUGUGGAGGAAGCGGACGUAACAGCUCCAUCAAACAUACCACAGAUCAUCGUCCCUGAUGACCCGGAGGCCAUGGGCAUCAGUGUGCCUGGAAAAGCGCUCCAGGAGGAUAAACAGGGCCUCCUCAACGUGGAUGAAGAAAUGAAGCAGCGGUCACACUCCUCAGCGAGCCACACCAACAUUGCGGUGAGCGACCGGCUGCAGGAGCUGGUCCAGCUGUUCAAGGAGCGCACAGAGCGGGUCCGAGACAGACUCAUUGACCCUGACGAGUCUGAUGAGGAGAGUCCGUCCGCCUCUCCUGAAAAGAAGCCUGCAUCAGGGGCACCUCCUCCCCCGCCCCCCGAGGAGACAAAAGACGCCCCUGCUGAUGAGGCACCGGAGGAGGAGGAAGAUAAAUUCUUUGAAUUCAUGGGCCAUCAAAUCAAAAUACCAAAAUUCACUCUUCCCCCACUUCCUGGUUGGCUUAGAACCAUCAUUGACUACCGCUUCCCUGCUAGCAUUGACCCUUUCACCAACUUGAUCUACGUGUUGUGGCUGUUCUUUGUGACAUGCGCCUGGAACUGGAACGUUUGGCUCAUCCCCGUCCGCUGGGCUUUCCCAUAUCAGACCCCUGACAACAUCCACUGGUGGCUCCUCGCUGACUACACCUGCGACUGCAUCUACCUCAUGGACAUUCUAAUCUUCCAGCCCAGACUCCAGUUUGUCCGUGCUGGAGACAUUGUGUGUGAUAAAAAGGACAUGAGAGAAAACUACUUAAAAACGUUCAGGUUCAAGAUGGACGUUCUUAGUCUGUUCCCUUUCGACCUGCUCUACUUCAAAACAGGUGUCAACUCCCUGCUGCGCUUUCCUCGCCUGCUUAAGUACAUGGCAUUCUUCGAGUUUAAUGACCGCUUGGAGGCAGUCAUGAGAAAAGCCUACAUCUACAGAGUAAUCAGAACCACUGCCUACCUGUUGUACUCCUUGCAUAUCAAUGCGUGUCUGUUUUACUACUUCUGCGACUACCAUGGCCUGGGAUCCACUAAGUGGGUUUACAAUGGCAAAGGGAACAAGUACAUACGCUGUUACUACUUUGCUGUGAAGACCCUGAUCACCAUCGGUGGUUUGCCAGAUCCCACCUCAGUUUAUGAAAUUACCUUUCAAGGGGUCAAUUACUUUGUGGGUGUGUUCGCCUUUUCUAUCAUGAUUGGUCAGAUGAGAGAUGUCAUUGGAGCAGCUACAGCAGGAGAGACGUACUACAGAGCUUGCAUGGACAGCACCAUCAAGUACAUGACAACCUAUCGCAUUCCUCAUGAAGUUCAGAACCGGGUCAAAACCUGGUACGACUACACCUGGAAGUCUACAGGCAUGCUGGAUGAGCUGGAACUGCUUUCGCAGCUGCCACUUAAGAUGCGGCUUGACAUUGCCGUGGAUGUGAACUUCGCUAUUGUCAGCAAAGUGGCCCUCUUUCAGGGUUGUGACAGACAGUUAAUCUUUGACAUGCUUACAAGGCUGAAGUCUGUAGUUUAUCUCCCAGGAGAUUUUGUCUGUAAAAAGGGUGAGAUUGGUCGUGAAAUGUACAUCAUAAAAGCAGGGGAGGUACAAGUGGUUGGUGGUCCUGAUAACUCUAUUGUGUUUGUGACGAUCAGAGGAGGAGCUGUGUUUGGAGAAAUCAGCCUUUUAGCAGGGGGUGGAGGUAACAGACGCACAGCGAAUGUCAAGGCUCAUGGCUUUGCUAACCUAAUGAUCCUAGAUAAGAAGGACCUGGCUGACAUCCUGAAGAACUAUCCUGAGUCCCAGAAGCUGCUUCGCAAGAAGGCCAAGAAAAUGCUGACAAAGGAUAAGAAACCUGAAGAUGAAGGUGGAGGCAAAAAAGCUGAAGAGGUAAUAACAGCACGCCCGGAAACCCCUAAGCUCUUCAAGGCCACCCUGGUUGUGACGGAGAAGGCUGGCAUCACAGGCACCUUCGCCAAGCUGAAAGAAACGUAUAGUGGGCUGGAGCCACACACUUCAAGCUCCAUAUCUCCCAUGCCCCCUCCAACGCCCACACGCCAACGCUCUCCUAUCCCAAAGACCAUGGAGCAGGAGGAGGACGACACGGUAGCCGAGACGGCCGACAGCAGCAUGGUCAUACGCAUGACCCCGCGCCAGCAGGGCGAGGAGAUCCUGUCCGUGGAGCAGGGCAAAGCAGACGAAGGGGCUGCAGCGAAAGAGAAGGGGAAGGAAGGAAGUAAAGCAAAGGAAGUGAAGAAGAAGAAGAAGUAGAAACCCAUCAUAUCUGAUCUCAAACACAGGAUAUGACAUCAUCUGAAUCUCAAGGACAUAUCCUUGAGAAUAGCCCCAGCGCAUCUGCCCAGGACAUGUUGUCACCAUGGUGGACUCUGGGGAGGAUUCAUUAUUGUAUGAACAUUACAAAGCCCGUGUGUGUGUGUGUGUGUGUGUGUAUUACGGAAUGUCUAUUAGUCUUUAAUGCCCUGUGGCCAUAAACUGAGUGCCCAGGAUCAAUAACCUGCCCAAGCUCUAACUCCAGGUCUACUGCUCUGCUUUUUCUUUGGCUGCCACAGCCCUAGGGACAUGUGUCAGCUUCACUAUGGCCUUCGCUGUACCCUUUACUGACAAACAAUAAGGCCUAAUGCACACACCACUCAAAAAGCAAACACUCUUCUUACGGCACAAAACUGAUCUGCACUCACAUACGCACACUCACACACUAUAUGUGCACACAUGACAUAGUUAUGCAUAACAGUGAGGUAUCAAUAACUUUACAACUCCUCACAGAGGGUUUGUAUGGAUUUGUGAUUGUAUGUAUCUCUGUCAGUCACCAGUUGUAAUCAGUGUUUAAGAAGCUCAUAGAAACGAUACAGCAUUAUGCUACAAUAUUUGUUAUUGUGUUCCUGAGUUCUAGAGAUGUCCUUGUGGUUACUGAGUAGGGCACAAUGCCAUUAGGACAGCAGCAGAUAUGGAACAGGAUGUUAGUUCAGUCAAAUGUUUUCCACUAUGCGAGUGAAAAUCAAUGGCCUGUGAUCUGUCCCUGUACAUUCUCUCCAGCCAAUCACAUGAUCGCCGAUCAUUCACAGUGAUUUUGUCUCUCACUGAGUAUUCAGGUCAGUUCACUGUAAAGCAUGGGUUACUGAAAGGACAUCUUUUAUGCCUCGAAUGGAAAUAAAUAAAAAGUACAUUGCUACAAAAGAUUAAAAAUAAAAUAAAUUAUUAUUGAUAUUG